AUGACCUCCAACCACAGCCCUGAUGGACAUAGCUCUCUGCCUGCUUUCACUCAGGUCCAGGAGGAGGUGCAGGAUCUGCUGGUGUCCCCCGGUGACAUCAUCGCCUUGCAGCAUGACGCCGGACCCUCGGGACUGCUGCAGUGCUCCCGGGACCCUGCGUCCCCCUGGAGCCAGAGUCUGCUCAUACAGAACCGCUCGCACUGGUGGGACGCCAACGAGACACUGCAGGCAGAUGUGGAGGGGGUCUGGGAGGAAGGCAUGCUGUGUCAGAUCCGGGUGUUGUAUGUGGGACAGAACCAGACGGGUCUGCAGGGUCCGUUCCUCCGCUCUGGACUCCCGCAGGUUGGCGAUUACAGUUUAGAAGUGACGUCCAACGAUGAGGAUUUUCCCGUCACUGCCUCCUGUCCGAUUCACGUCAUCCCGCCACUGACGCCCACCGUCAUCCAUCCAACCAAUCACAACGACACCGUGUACUUCCUGCCCAAUCAGACGUGGGUUCUCGUUAAAGUGCGCUCUCAGCACAGCGCUCUGAUUGGCUGUCAGGGCAGCAAUCUGACUGUGGCAUUUGAAAGGGCGUGUCCUCAGAGUCUGCUGGCGAAGGUGGCCGAGUGCAGGCAGUCCGACCCACUCAAUGACACCAUGUUCGCGUGGGUUGACCUCCAGGCUGGAUCUACGCCAGGACAGACCACCAUUGUGCUUCAUGUCAAGAGUGAAGUCACUGAGGCAUAUCUGCAGAUUCAGGCCAGGGUUCAAGAGCCGCUACGAGGACUGCUCAUACAACCUCAUCCUGCGCACAGAGUCCUGAUGGAGUCCGUAGUGUGCUACACACCGUCGGUGGAGGCAGGAACGGACCCUUCGUUCAGGUGGACAGUGGAUGAUAAACCGCACUUCACGUACUACAACAGCAUGCUAAAUAUCAUCUACCAGAACGCAGCGGUGUACAAGCUCACGGUGACAGCGAUGAACCAGGUUAGCAUGCUGACUGAAGACUUCAACGUGACUGUGGACCGCAUGAACCCCAUGUCUGACCCGACCGUACACGGAGUCCCCAAAAUAGUGCAACAGGGAUCGCUACUGAACCUCACCGCGUUUAUCACGAUAGACACAGCGGUGGAUGUCACCUUCUGGUGGUGGUUUGGAGACGGAGGAAACCGUACUCAUCAGUUUAAGUCACCGUAUGAUGGUAACCUCUCUACUAACAUGGUGGAGAUUCGUGACCAUGUGGAAUACAUUUAUGCACAGCCAGGGGAGUACACACUACUGUUGUCCACGUCCAACCGCUAUGAGAACAAGACAUGCAAAGUUGAUGUAUACGUUUUCAGCAUACUGACGACUGUGCAAAUCGAGGCUGACCCACCACUCCUGCGUGCCGAAAAACCAGCUGACUUUGAGGCCCACCCUCUUCCUUCUCCAUACGGCAUCAUAUACACCUGGAAUUUUGGGGACAAUUCGAGUAUACAGCAGGGUCGUGAACGCAGGGUUCCUCACGCAUACACUCACAGUGGUAUCUACAACAUCUGUGUGAAUGUGAACAACACCAUUAGCUCGACAGACACAUGCGCUAACGUUAUCGUCUAUGAAGAUAUUAAAGGCUUAGAAGUGAUAUCCUCUGCUCCCACAGAACACAACACACCUACUGUUGUCAGAGCUAGUCUGGAAGCUGGCAAUAAUGUAACUUGGAGCUUCGACAUGGGUGAUGGAAGGUGCACAAGAGUGUUGAACCCCAGAUUAAAUACAAGUAUAGGGGAGGAUGGAAACUACACCGUCAAUGUCACCGCAGAGAACGCAGUGAGCUCUCAGUGGCUAACCAUACCCGUUGAGGUGUUUGUGCUACAAGUGUUAUCGCUAGAGCCUCCCGGGUGCAUUGAAGAAAACAAAAUAGUCAGCUUCCAUGUGUUUGUGUCUGGGAAUGCUUCAGGACAUCAGUAUGUGUGGAGUUUUGGGGACGGAAGCCCCAAUGAGACUCAGUAUGGGACACCGCUGAUAACGCACUCAUAUGUUAAUAGUGGGGAUUACAAUCUGUCACUUCUUGUGUCAAGUGAUGCCAACAAGGCCCAUUUUUACAGAAGGAUCUGCGUCCAACCUAAAGUUACAGUAGUGUCCGUGACCUCUUUGAGGACACAUGUCAAACUUGGUGAGGAGAGUAAAUUUACAGUAGCUGCAGUUCCUGAAUUCAAUUACACAUACUUGUGGGACUUUGGGAUUGUUAACUUGAGAGGUCCAAUUCGAGGUGGUAAGGAGAUGACUUAUACCUUUAACAGUGCUGGGGAAUACCAAGUAACAGUUACUGUACAGAACAACAUCUCGUCUAUCAAUGACUCAGUUUCCAUUGAGAUACAGCAAUCAGUUGCUUUGUUAAUCAGUCAUAAUGGAGGCAAAGCAAACAAUCUGUCUUUACACCAAGAGUACGAUUUCAAAGCAUCCUCAGAUUCAAUGGAUGCUGUCUACAUUUGGGACUUUGGAGAUGGGAUUCAACGUAUUGGGAAAAUUGUGUCACAUUCUUACAAUUCUUCUGGCAGGUUCAACAUCAGUGUCAUAGGGAAGAAUGAAGUAAGCCAGACCAGAAAUAAGACUCUUGUUGUGGUCCUGGCACCGAUCACAAGACUGUCUAUAAAUGCCAGCUUCGUCAAUGUCCCGUUAAACGCUUCUGUGACAUUUGAGGCACAUCUAGACCAAGGAGAUGAUGUACGAUAUUCUUGGAUUCUUUGUGACCGGUGCAAGUCCAUCCAAGGCACUAGCACCAUGUUCUACACAUUUCUAUCUGUCGGCACCUUCAAUGUCAUUGUUUCCGCAGAGAAUGCUAUCAGCAUGGCUCAGUCCAGCAUUUUCAUCUUUGUGCAGCGUGAGUUGGAAGGCUUGCAGAUAGUGGCCGAUGAACUUAUUGAAGGAUGCUGUUUUCCGACCAAUCGUGUCCUUCAAUUACAAGCCUCAUUAAAAGAAGGCACCAACAUGACCUUCACAUGGAACCUUCUGAGAGAGCAUGAGAACCAUGACAACAACCUCACAGGCAAGACCGUAGAGCUCAAUUUUUCCACUCCAGGUCCUUGUGAGCUCAUUCUUAAGGCAACCAACCUGCUUGGCCAGCUGUCUGUGAACAAAACAGUUGAGUUUCUAGAUCCUGUGCAGGAUUUGGUGCUUGAGUCUUUACCAAACCCUGCUGCUGUAAACGCCGUGACAAAUAUGACAGUAUCUGUAAAUUCUGGGACCAACCUCCAUUAUAAAUGGUGGGCAGAUGGUGAUCUGUUGGAGUCUGACAUGCCCUCCAUCUUGCAUCGAUUCAGAAGUGCCGGUUUGAAGCUGGUUAAAGUUGAAGUUUCCAAUAAAGUCAACUCUGAAGUGGUUUCAAAAUGGAUCAGCAUUCAAGAACCAAUCUCGGGACUGACUUUCAUCGCAAAAAAUGUUACAGAGAAUUUUGUAGCGUCUGGAGACAAUGUUUCUAUGCGUGGAGACACUCAAAUGGGGACCAACAUUUCAUGGAUGUGGCUAUUGCCAGACAGCACGAAAUCCAACCAACGUGCCACCUCAUACAUUUUUCACACUCCAGGAAUUUUCACUGUAGCUUUGAAUGCCACUAAUGACGUCAGCAGAGAACUGUACUUGCGUGAUUUUACAGUUCAAGAUCGCAUUCAGGGCCUGGAACUCAAGGCAAGCAAACAAAUUGCUGCCGUUGGUGAAAACGUUGAGUUUACCAUCUCGGUCUCAUCUGGAACAUCUGUCAAUUUCAUCCUGAGCAUUAGUGGAGAUGCAACUGUCGUACUAAACAACCAAACAUACAUCCACCAGUUCACCAGUGUGGCCAAAUACUAUGUCAACCUUACUGCCCACAACCAAGUGAGUUCAGAACGAAGGACGCUUCACAUUGAAGUGAUGGAGCCUGUGACCAAGCUGACUAUAUUGGACUGUUGUGAUGCUGCUAUACCUGUGGGAGUUCCUAGGUCUUACGUAGCAUCCACACCAACACGUGAGCCGCUGACUAUCCUGUGGACCUUUGACCUUCAUCAUGGUGUCAAGAUUUCUCGGGUUGGCAAGUCUGUGACAUAUGCCCCAGAGCAGCCAGGCAAUCUGACUAUAUUCUUGAGAGCGUUCAAUUCUCUGAAUGGUUUAAAUGUAACUAAGGUUAUACGAGUUCAGAGCAUUAUCAGAUCAGCAUUGUUGGAUGCUCAACCAAGUGACACUUUUGUAAACAAGACUGUUAUCUUCCAUGUGGGCAUUACCCCUGCUUCAACUCCAGCUACAUAUCAGUGGGACUUUGGGGAUGGUACUUCUGGCACUAUCACCACUGCACCUUUCCACAAUCAUGUCUACUUGAUUCCUGGACACUAUGUAGUGCGAGUCAAUGUCAGUAACCUGGUGAGCUGGGUUACAGCACAAAUUGAGGUCAACAUCUUAGUCCUAAAGUGCGAUGAACCAGAGGUGCAGAUCAUUCAAGCUCCACGACUUUCCAUCUGGCGGCAUCAACCAACUUUGGUUGAAGCCAAUGUGAAUCUAAAAGGUUGUGUCCUCUAUGGUGUAGAGUACCUCUGGGAGAUCCUCACCUCCCCUCGCUGUCAGGAUGAUGACAAGAAAGGUCCACCACCAUCUAAGGUCCAUCUCCCUGCAGAAGUCAAUGUUCGAAGGCUCCAACUUUCAGUGCCCAAGAUUACGAUUCCCGCUGGGAACUACACUCUAGUUUUUUCUCUGUCCUACGAAGGGGUGCCACUGCGGAAGGCAGCAUGUCUUCAACUUUCGGUCAUGUCUAAAAAGUUAGUGCCCAUCAUUGAAGGUGGCACCUACCGUGUGUGGUCUAAAACUCACGAUUUGCAUCUAAGUGCAGAGCAAUCCUAUGAUCCCAAUCUGGACCCGGAGAACCAGUCACUACUCAGCUACCACUGGGAAUGUGUGAGCACCUCAAAGGGUCCGGAUCACUGCUCCACUUUGCAUUUUGGCUUGGGUCCGAGUGGACCGGUUCUGGGAAUUUCUGGUUCUGAACUGGAGGUGGACGUUGAAUAUACUUUCCGCCUGACUGUCAGCAAAGAUGGCAUGACCCCCGAAUCCACCACCCAAACGGUGUGUGUGCAGAGCGGUCGUAUCCCGAUGGUUUCUUUGAAGUGUGUGUCAUGUAAAGCUCAGUCUCGCUAUGAAAUCAGUCAGAGUUCCUACGUUUAUUUGGCCGGCCACUGCAACAACUGCCACAGCUCGCACAGAGGGUGGUGGACGGCGAUGACACGGGGUAACGAGACGCUGGUUCUGGAUCUGAACACAACCACCACAGGCAGCGACAGCAUGCGUCUGGUGCUCCGGCAGGGCAUCCUGCGGGACCGAGAAUCCUACAUCUUCAGCCUCCACGUCACCGAUGAUGGGAUGGACCGAGAGGGCGUGGCCUACAUUGAGCUCCACCCCAACCUGCCACCUGACGGAGGGGCGUGUUCUCUGUGGGCGGACGGGGGUGGAACUCAGGUGCAGACACUGCUGGAGAGAGUGCACUUCAACUGCUCAGGUUACACUGAUCUGGAUGAGACUGAGUCUCCGCUGGUCUACAGUCUACUAGUGGUACGCUGCUCUGAGCUCUACUGCGAGGAGUUCUAUGUGUAUAAAGGCACCAGUCCAGAACAUUCUGCCUUCCUGCCGCCCGGCUUCAGCUCGGCUCAGUUCAGAGUGUCAGUGCUGGUGAUGGUGGAGGACCACCAGGGGGCGUCAAUCCUGGCUCGCAACACGUCGAUGGAGGUGGUGCUCCCAGUGGUUCCUGACGGGUUCGUCUCUCUUCCUCAUUGGCUGAGUAAUAUGACGGCCUCCACCCUGCGGGAGCUGCUCCGUCAAGGAGACUCUCAGAGGGUCCGAGAGCUGUCCCUCGCCCUCAUCACUGUCCUCAAUGAGUAUGAGCAGGGUGUGUCCCGCAGGCGUGAGCGUGUGUCUAAACUGGAGCGUCAGUAUCGAGUGAGCAUCAGAGGAAACAUCACCAGAGCUCUGACCUCACUGGACCUCACCACGGUCAGCGACAUCCAGCAGACCUCCGCAGCGCUCGCACAGUGCACAGCUGUGAGUCGAGAGUUUGUGUGUGAGGAGUGUCAGAACAGCACUCUGGACAAACUGGAGUCCAUGCUGGAGAUCCUGCAGACGGACACCAAACAGGGCACAGUCACCCCCACUGAGAUAGCGGACAACAUCCUCAACAUCAUGGGUGAUCUGAUCCACCAGGUGAGUCAGGUGGCUUCAUCUCCUCCUCCAGAAGCUGAAGAUCAGGACGGCAGCGUUUCCCAGCAGCCUCCGUUCCUCCAGGAGGAGCUGCAGCACCACCCGCUGCGAGUGGCCGCUAAAGCCUACACGCUGUCCUCCGUCCUCAUGCGGAUCCUCAUGCUGGGACGCGUCCUGAACGAGGAGCCGCUGAUCCUCCGUGGCGCAGAGAUCGCAGCCGCCGGCAAACGCGCAGACCCACAGAGCCUCCUCUGCUACGGCGAGAGCGACGCACCCGAAUGCCAAGGCUUCUCCAUCCCGCGGCCGUUCAAUUCCAGUUUGGGACGGGCAGCAGGGGGCGCUCUGGCACCCAAUAGCGACGACGGAAUCGUGCAGCUACUCUUCCAGGUGGAGCCCAAUCCGUUCCCGUUCAACUACGUAGACAAUUACCCUGUUUCCACUGAGGUGGCGUCCAUGGAGUUUCGUACGGUGAACGGCACACAGAUUCCCAUCGCGGAUCUGGACGAGAGCCAGGCCAUAACGGUCGCGGUGAAUAACGGGAGUUAUAACGCUAGCGGAUUGGAGGCAGUUUUGCCGCCGGCGGGAGCAGUGAAUAUUAGCAGAUGUGAUUCGAUCAUUGUGAGGGUGAACACCAGAAACACCAACAGACAAGCCGGAGUUUACGUACAGCUCAACUUUACUGUACUCGACGAUACUCCAGACGUUUGGGAACAGGACCCGUGGAUCACAGCCUACCUGGACACCUCUGAAUGGCCCAAUGAAUUUAACAGCACCGACAGGAAACGCAUCACACUCAACAUGACAAGGGGGCGGGACCUUGACCACCGUGACUACACCUUCUUCCUGUCUCCGAAUGUGUACGACACCACGCAGGAUCACUUCAUCAACGUGUCGUCAGGCUGUGGCGCUGCAGAGCCGGAGCUCCUACAUCUGGAAGUGGCUGUCUUCACGUCUCUGUGUCAGUACUUCAGUGAAAGCGCAAAGCAGUGGCGGACGGAUGGCAUGGACCCGCUCCCAGAGACCAGUGUGGGUCGAGCCGUGUGCCUCACCCGUCACCUCACCGCAUUCGCUGCCAGCCUGUUCGUCCCGCCUGACGCCGUCUCCUUUAUCAUUCCUGAGCGUUCAGUGUCUCGGAGUGUGGUGGUGGUCCUGGUGUGUGUGGUUUCUCUGCUGUGUUACGCUGUGGCUGGAGCUGUUCUCCGUAAGCUGGAUCAGAUGGACCUGAGGCGGGCAUCUGUUGUGCCGCUCUGUGGGAAAGAUGGACUCUACAAGUACGAGAUCCAGCUCAAGACCGGCUGGAGUCCCGGAGCAGGAACCACGGCUCACGUUGGCAUCAGUCUUCAUGGCAGUGAGGGCCGCAGCGGGCACAGACAUCUGGAUAGUGUGGGCGCCUUCGCUCGCAACAGCCUGGACAUUUUCCACAUCGCCAGCGACUCCAGCCUCGGCAGCGUGCUCAAGAUCCGCCUGUGGCACGACAACAAAGGUCUGUCUCCUGCAUGGCUGCUCCAGUAUGUGCUGGUGAAGGACCUGCAGACGGGCAGCAGUUUUUUCUUCCUGGUUGAAGAAUGGCUCUCGGUGGACAAUGAGAAAACCGACGGCAGAGUAGAGAUAGAAGUGGAAGCCUCAGAGGAGCUGUUUCUGCGUCACUGGCCGCGGCUGCUGCGCUGGGAGCUGCAGAGAGCCGUAUGUGAGAGUCAUGUGUGGUUAUCUCUGUGGGAGAGACCCUCGCGGAGCCCCUUCACACGCCUGCAGAGACUCACCUGCUGCUCGCUGCUGCUGCACCUCCAGAUGCUGGCCGCCGCUGUGUGGUACGGCACAGUCAGCUACACACACAGCUCGGUGCCGGUGGCUGAUCUGGUGUCAGUGAAUGUGGAGACGCUGUGGGCCGGGAUGGUGAGCUGUCUGCUGGUGUAUCCCCUCUAUCUACUCGUAUUCUGCCUCUUCAGACUGAGCCGCAGUAAGGUGUCAGUGGAGCAGCUUCCUCCUCAGGUGGAUCAGGAGUCUCUAGAGAUCGACGACUUCCUGGAAAACUCUCUGACAGGAAGCUCUUUCCUCAUGCUGAACGCCAUUCCUGGAGAGACGUACUCUGAGGAGACCAACAUCGACCUGCCCACUCCCUCCACUAAGAGUCUUCAGAGAUGGAGCAUGCCGGACUGUGAUUGGCCGGAUGUGUUGACGGACCCGUCAGUGGAGAUGGGGCCGGUGUUUCCCCCGCGGCUCAAGAGAGGUCAGGGCAGCAGACAUCUGGGGGUGGACAUCACCUUCAGUCCAGACCACGAGGACGACACCGUCUGCCAAAACAGCCACAGGAACAAAUACUUCUCCUCCUCAGAUGAGGAUCUAAUCAAGCGCAUUCUGGCUGACGGACAGCUGCUCUCUCAGACGGACAGUGACGUGGGCGAUCUCUCCAGUAUAUUCGGUGAUAAGACGGAGGUGAUUUUACUACAGAAGAUGAAUGAGCCGGUUCCUUGUGCCACCUUUAGACGAGACCCACCCAAAACUGCCUUUACUUCUCGCACAGUGGUGGCAGAUGUUUGUAAACCCAGGCCGCUUCCUCCUCUGUGUGGAUUGGCUGCUCUGUGGGCCAGCUGGGCAGGGCUUAUCCUAUCUAGCAGCCUAUCAAUGUGGUUGGGGCGGGGCUUCAGCGAGGGUGUGGCACUGAUGUGGCUCGUCUCCUGCAUUGUCAGCUUCCUGUCAUCAUUCCUCCUUCUUGAACCUCUAAAGGUGUUGCUGGAGGGUGUGUAUUUCUCUCUGGUGGUGCGGCGUCUGCGGCCGGAGGAGCGGGAUGUGUUGGUGGAGUGUCCGCGUGUGGAGCGAGUGGUCCAGCGAAUCCCCCGAGUGCGCCCGCCGCAGGGAUUCGCUCUCUCACAGGCCAGAGAAGAGGCGCGCAAAGUCCGUCUGCUGCACACCAUGCUGAAGGGUUUCCUGCUCUACAUGCUCUUCCUGAUGGUGGUUUUACUGCUCAAUUACUCCGACUCGGACAAAGACUCACAUCGCCUCAGACUGAACACUCAACUGCAGGAUCAUUUCCUCACUGAACACUUUAACAACAUCAGCAGUCGUGAGGAUGUGUGGGUGUGGCUCUCAGACUCGCUGUUACCACGGUUACUGGAUGAGCAGGUGCUGAAGGAGAAGACGGGCAGCCUGCUGGUUGGUCGAGCUCGUCUACGGCAGACGAGAACUCAGCCAGAAUGCCCCGUCAGUGGAUAUUUUCCAGCAUCCUCUUGGUUUGGGUGUGUCCAGGCCGGGUGGGCGGAGUCAGCGUCCGGAUUGGUGCAGAACUGGAGCAUCAGUACAGCUCAGAGCAGCGGCGUGUGGCACUGGGGUCAGGUGUCUGUCUACAGCAGCUCCGGAUUCGUGCAGGAUCUCAGCAGGAAGAUGCAGGACUCGAAAAAUCUGAUCAAACAACUUGACACACACCAGUGGCUUGACCCACUGACAAGGGCUCUGUUCGUAGAGUUUUCCCUCUACAACAUCAACACAGAUCUGCUGUCCGUCUUCUCCUUCCUGCUGGAGUUUCCAGUGUCGGAGCGCGCUCAGUUGAGUCUGGACCUCAAGACCUUCAGCCUCCACACGCUCAGUCACGGCAUGGACCUGCCGCUGUUCCUCACGCUCGUCUUGCUGGUGUUGCUCAUCUAUUUCUCUGUUCGUGAGGGUUUGCUGGUCUGGAAACAGGGCCGCAGCUACUUCCUGCGAGUGUGGAAUUUAGCCAGCGUCUGCAGUCUGCUGUUGGCCGUCUGUGUGGCCUCUUUACACCUGAGUCGCUCUGUUGUGUCCGCGCAGCAGUGGAGAGCCUUCCUCCAGCACAGAGACGCCUUCACAGACUUCUUUCCUCUGGCCCAGCAGAACCAGCUUUUGACCCAGAUGAGUGCCACUCUGCUCUUCCUGCUGGUGCUCAAGGCGUCGCACCAGCUGCGCUUCAUGAGGGAAUGGGGUGUUUUCGGGAGAACGCUGAGGAAAUCUUUCUGGGAGCUGCUGAUGGUUGCUGUCACUCUGCUGGUGUUCCUGUUGGCAUACUCACACACUGGACACCUGCUUUUCCACUCUGUCAUGGAGGGCUAUGGAACAGUCAGCUCCACUUGCUUUAGGUUAAUAGGCUCUAGUGGGCAUGGCCUGUUGUCAUGGCGACCAGACAGUGGCUCCUCCCCUUGUUCUGGUUCCUGUUUCAUCUUCCACAUCACCUUUACUCUCCUGCGACUCGUUCUGCUGUGGAUUUUGAUGUCGGCAUUGCUGAGGAACUAUCGGCGGGCACGAGCAGAACUCUACCGCCCAGCCGUCGACCUGCAGGACUAUGAAAUGGUGGAGUUGUUCCUGCGACGCCUCAAAAUGUGGAUGGGACUCAGCCGCACUAAAGAGUUUCGGCACAAGGUGCGAUUUGAAGGUAUGGAGCUCCCUCCUUCACGGUCCUCUUCAACGAGUGACUGCAAGUCUUUAUGUCUUCCUCCUCUGGAUACUCCUGAGGCUCCUCCAACUCCCGACAGUGUUGACGGAGGCUCCGAGGCCUCCUGGCGGCCUACGUCCAGCAGCCCCUGCAGUCUGGCUGAAGCCCCCGGUCUGGGACUCGGCCUCACCUUAGGCCUUGGCGUGAUCGUUGGAGGCCAAGGCUGGAAAGAGAGAGCAGAGAUGGAGGCGACACUUCGCAGAGUCCUUCCAGCCUUCGAUGCUCUGCUUCUUCAGCUGGACAGGGUCACUCACGCCACAGAAGAUCUGUAUCGAACAGAGUAUCGCAUAGAGAGGCUUCUGAGGAAGAGCAGAGGACGGGGAAGAGCAAGAAGUAGAAGCCGUAGAAGUUUGGAUAAUGCAGGACAGAGGAGACAUAAACACAGGAGCACAGAAGUGUCUGAGAGUAGCAGGAGUCCUCUGAGAACUGAAAUAAGUGACAGAAAUCUUCAAAAAAGUGACCGAAGAUCAUGGAAAUCAGACUCGAGGAAGUUUUCAAAAAUCACCAGUGUUCUUUCCAAAAGCCUCAACAAUGCAGACUCGAGUCCCAAAAGGGAGAACAGUCUGCAGAAGACUCAAGAAAAGCCUUGUACCAAAGUGGAAGAUGUCAGAAACACUGAGAAAGAGCCUAGUAUGGUGGAUUCGGAUACCGUGCAAGCAAGUCCUUUAGAGUUGGACAGAAGUCCACCUAGAGCACAAAAGGCUGAGAAGAUUUCUCAAAAAGUCAAAAGAACCUCUAAUAAAGUUGACCCGAACUUCCAAAAGGACUCUGAGGUUGAUGGCUGUGCCAUCAAACCUGCCCAAACUCCAGCCCCUACGCCUGUUCCCACGCCAGCUUCUGCUCCCUCGACAGCUCCAGUUUCUGCCAUUACGACCCCCGUCCCGAUCCCGCGACCUCACGAGUGGGUUCCUCCCAGCAGCAGUGAGAAUCUUCCCACCAGUGUUUUCCGGCACCCCGCACACACUACCACAAACCCCACCCGCAAACGCAAACACAAGCCUCCUGCUCUCAAAAACAAAGUGCACCCCAACACAGACAGACCUAUCUCAGGACAUCCCAAACCUUGACCUCCAACAGAGUCAGUAUGCAAUCAGGAAUCGUGUCAUAAAGCUAAUGAAAGAAUGAGAGUUUGGAUUUUUUUUCUCAUUUGAGAAAACGAGGACCUGGAGACAGCAGGCUUUGUAACCAGGACCUCCAGAAGACUGAAAGCAAUAAGACGAAACCAAAUACACACCACAGCCUUAAGUUCCAAGCCAUAAGUCUUUGAUUGUUUAACUCCUUACUAGAAAUCUCAAUAUGGAAACUAGGUGCUGGACAUCGUGGUUUCUGCAAUCCUCAUGAAGUCCCUUUUGAUACAAGUUGCCCUCUUCCUUCACUGCAAAACAGUGCUUUGUUAACUUAGAAAUUUUGUCUUGUUUUUAGUCUAAAUAUCUAAAAUCAAGAACCGUUUUCAAGACAAGUGAAACAAUUUGUGUUGGUUUCAGAAAAAAACAAGCCAAAACUCAAUUAUUAUUUUCCUUAAACAAGCAAAUAAACUAUUAAGACGGUUUGUACAUUAAAAUAAAGACAGACCCAAAUUUAUUUGACUUACUCCACUGGCAAAUUAUUUAGCUUGUUUUAAGGAAAAAUUGCUUUAAAUUGACUUGUUUUUACUGGUCUAGAAAAUCCUUGUUGAUUUAAGAAUAUUUAGAUAUCUGGACUAGAAUCUAGACAAAAACUCUACGUAAAAAAAGCUAUUUUUUGCAGCGUUCCCCUCUCGCAGUGACCUCAAGUCCAGCCUGUUGACCCUGGUGGUCAUCUGGGUUGAAUCCGACAUGAGCACACCUUGUGCUGUCGCAGAAAACCAACAAACUCAUGAAAGAGACCAUGAAGGACUACAACAGCAUAUGCCUGUUGAUGCAGGAUGGCUAAAGCUCGAUGGUAUUUGUUGUAUGACAUUUUUAAGUUACGUUUGAUGAAUAAUGUUGUUUUUUUGUUGUUGUUAUUGUUGAAGGAAGCUAUCUUUAGGUCAUGGGUGUAUUAUUGCCCAUAGAUGCAGAGUAGGUUAUUCAGAAAGGGCUCAACACUGACAAACUCACACAUUUUAAAAACAAAAAAUGUAAAAAAUAUUGCAGGUACAUAAAUAUAGAGCUACGCUUUGAGGUACUCAUAAUUCAUGCUUCUUUAUAUAACGGCAUGUUGCGGGAAAAUAGACGCAAACACAUAUCAGAAAAAUAUAUUGAUCAUUUCACACUAACAUACUUCUGAAGAGGCCAUCAGGGUGCUAAACAACUAGUAAUCCUCAGGAUUGUAUUUUCUGUGGCGAUUGUAUGUCAGCUCCAUUUAGAGGUUAUUUUUAAGAGUAAUGAGCCCAAAGGCGAGAGAAAGAAAAAAACUGAUAGAAGGAAAAAAUAAGAGAAGGCAUGUCAGAACGUGUGAAUUCAAAAGGAGACCAAAUAUUUGGGAAUAGUUUUUCUCAGUCGCUUUGGUUCAUUUCUCAGAUCAGAAUUGAAAUUAGCAGGAAGUGCAUUUCUCAAAACAAUACAUCAAAAUAGCAAAACACUGCUGAUUACCUGCAAAAGCCAGCUCAAGAUCCUUAGUUUAUCUCUCAAAACUAAAUUUCUGUGUCAGUGCAGUCAGAAUAAUAAGUCCUUGUGUCAUUGUGUACUGUUGUCAAUUUAACAGUGGAUUCAGAUGGGCUGUUCUGAUGUAAAUUGUGGCUACAAAAUUCCGAUUACAAAUAUAUUAUAAUUUUUUGGCUACACCUCAUGUAGAAGUUUGAUGGCAAGAGACGCAUUUUGAUCAACAGAAGCAAUUUAUAAUGUAGGAAACAGCAGUGAAUUGCACACAAUGAACUGAAUGAAUGUACAAAAGCAUUUGCAACUUGUUCAAAGGUAGUUUAUGAGAAUUUUUGAGAAAUAUUUUUGAGAGUUUUUUGAGAAUUUCAGUUCUAAUCUGAGAAAUGUACCAAAGCCACUGAGGAAAAACUGUAAUAGGUGGACAAGAAAUGUUAGAUGAAGAAAGUGUAAAUGUUGAGAGAGAGCAUGAAGAUGAAGGAACGUCCCUUUAUUCAAGCACAACUCCCACAAUUCUCUGUAUGGGGAUUUGUUGUUACAGCAGGUAUAAAAAGAAGUUCCAUUAAAGCAUUAUUAUUAUUAUUAUUAUUGUUGUAAAACCAGCUUAUGAAAUAUUGAAGUGUUUGUUGCUGCCUUCUAUGAUAUGUUCUGAAUCUAAUUUAAAAAGCACUUUUUGUAUUGAAAUCAAUGAUUCCGACGGCGUUGAGCGUGUUUUAGUUUUCAUGUGUUGUGGAAAAUGUAAUAAAAUAAGCUUGGUACGAACAUAAGAGAUAGUUACGACAGCAUUAACUCUCCGUAUUAUUAUUAUUUUUUGCCAAAGCUUGCUAUACUCAUGUAACAAGAGAUGAACUGAUGGUUCUUUUGUACUUAGCACUUUAUUUCAAUGUCAAGCUUUAGUGCUUUGCCAUAAUCAACUAGUAUGUAUUGUUUCCUCACGUACAGCUUUUCCAGAACUAUUCUCUUUGAGUAUUAUACAACCCAGGCUCAUCGUGGGUACGUACCCCUGUAUACGUUUCUAGAGAUCGCAAAAUAUGAUGCAGGAGGUACAUUUUUGCAGCUUUUGUUUCCUUGAAUCCAUCUGAGGCUGCUGUGUACACUUUUUGAGAUCUCAAAUUUCUCUCGCGAGUGCCAUUCGCGCCUGCUGUUUUUGCAUAAAUCCACUAGAGGCCGAUAUCGACUGACCGACCAACCGACUGAUAUACCCAUCGACCCCCUUCCCUAAACCCAACCGAUAGUGUUUUCAAAAGCACCGAUUGACCCGCCCACCACCUUCCCUAAAACCAACCGAUAGUGUUUUCAAAAGCGUCGAUUGACCCACCCACCACCUUCCAUAAACCCAACCGAUAGUGUUUUCAAAAGCAUCGAUUGACCCACCCACCACCUUUCCUAAACCCAACCGAUAGUGUUUUCAAAAGCGUUGAUUGACCCACCCACCACCUUCCCUAAACCCAACCGAUAGUGUUUUCAAAAGCAUCGAUUAACCCGCCCACCACAUUCCCUAAACCCAAGCAACAGUGUUUUCAGAAGUGUCGAUUGACCCACCCACCACCUUCCAUAAACCCAACCGAUAGUGUUUUCAAAAGCACGAUUGACCCACCCACCCCCUUCCCUAAACCCUACUGAGUGUUUUUAACAGCACCAAUUGACCCUACCACCCCCUUCCCUAAACCCAACCAAUAGUGCUUUCAAAAGCUCGAUUGACCCACCCACCCCCUCACUUGAACCCAACCAAUAGUGCUUUCAAAAGCUCGAUUGACCAACCCACCCCCUUCCCUAAACUCAACCGAGUGUUUUCAACAGCACUGAUUGAACCACCCACCUCCUUCCCUAAACUCAACCGAUAGUGUUUUCAACAGCACUGAUUGAACCACCCACCUCCUUCUCUAAACCCAACCUAUAGUGUUUUUGAAAGUACCGAUUGACCCACCCACCCCCUUCCCUAAACUCAACCGAUAGUGUUUUCAACAGCACUAUUUGACCCACCCACCACUUUCCCAAAACCCAACCGAUAGUGUUUUCAACGGCACGGAUUGACCCACCCACCCCUUUCCCUAAACCUAACCGAUAGUGUUUUCAAAAGCGCCGAUUGACCCACCCACCCCCUUCCCUAAACUCAACUGAUAGUUUUCAAAAGCGCCGAUUGACCCACCCACCCCCUUCCCUAAACUCAACCGAUAGUGUUUUCAAAAGUACCGAUUAACCCACCCAGCCCUUCCCUAAACCUAAUCGAUGGUGGGACUCCACAGCCGCCUGUUGUUUACCCUGUUUUCAGAUUUCUCCACGUUCUCACUCUGUUAUCCACCUGUUUAUUUCAUUUUUUUGUCAUUCCUUUUUGUUUUGCCUGCUUUCUGGAAUCGUUCUUCACAGGAUUCGAACCCCGUCGGCGCGGUCAAUUCGAGCCACUGGACAAACUAGUAGCAGCGGAAAAGCUGUCCACAUGGAGGUCAGUGAUCAGCUGGUAGUGCGAAUAGGAACAGAAGCCGUCGGCAGCAUCAUACCACACCGUAUCGAUCAUUUUAAAGAGCAUACGUACCUCUGGCUACAUAAUUCGCACUCUCCAGAAACGUAUAUGGGGGUACGCUUUCACAAUGAGCCUGUGUUGGUAUUCUACACAUCAGCUGCAUCAGGAUGUUAAUUACAAUUAUUAUUACAUUUAUUAUUUGACGUUUCUUGUGAAGUACUAAAAUGAUGUUGUUUACCAUGAUGAUGCUCAGGGACCCUCUUUUUCUUUUCUUUCUUUUCUUUUUUUUUAAAGCCCAAAGCAGGAUUUUAUUGUUUCGUUUUGUAUUUGCUUCAGCUAAUAAGGUCUCACAUGAUCAAAUUAAAGCACACGUGAUUGGACGCUGAAAUGUGUAAAUGCUCAGACGUCUACAGAGACGGAGCAGUGAUCAGUUUUGAUCGUCAAAGGUCACGUCGGCUGUAAUAACGUCUUUACUCAAGCCAUUGCGGAUUUGAAAGGUGAUGUUUAUCUGUACAUAUCGGUGUGCCCUGAUGUAAAUAUUAUGUUAGGAGUUUUGAUCGCAUUUGUUUUAAUCUCAUUUGCCGUAAUCGCACUGAGCUGAAAUCUCUGAUUUGUUGUCAUUAGGUAUAAACAUAUACUUUGCUGUGUAUUUCUCCAUGCCAAAGCAAGCCAAACCACCCCAAAAUAACUAUGAAACAUCGCUGUUGUUUUAUUUUUGGUAUCAUUUUCAACAGAGCUACACACUGCACCGGCACUCAUUUGAAACUAUAUUAGCUUGUUAGUAGCUUAUCUUUGCAGGAUAGCUGAAAUAGUUCAUACUCUGUGUCAGAAAAAGCAGCUUGCAUGCAAUAAUGUAAAAGCCUUCAUUUGUUUUGUAUUAAAUGCUGUUGAUUGCGGGUUGUGCUGUAUCGAGCUGUUGUACUUGUAACGUUGUAGCACUUCGCUUUACAUGCUUUUGCACUCGACAAAGUCAAAUAAAGAGUCUUGACAGCUGAG